AUGGAUGGAGACGACGCCUUUGCAAGGAGACCUAGGGCUGGGGCUCAAAUACCAGAGAAGAUACAAAAGCAUCCCUGGAGACAAGUCUGUGACCAUGCACUACAUUUGGUGACUCUCAGUCCAUUCUGGAAGGCGGGAAGAGAGUCAGCCAGCAGCAUUAAAGCCCUACUGUGUGGCAGGGGAGAAGCUAGGGCCUUCGAUGAUAUUGCCAAAUACUUCUCUAAGAAAGAGUGGGAAAGGAUGAAAGUCUCAGAGAAAAUCGUCUAUGUGUAUAAGAAGAGAAAGUAUGAGGCCAUGAGUAAACUAGGUUUCAAGAUCACCCUCCCACCUUUCAUGCGUAAUAAACAGACCACACACUUCCAGGGGAAUGAUUUUGAUAAUGACCCUAACCAUGGGAAUCAGGUUGAACGUCCUCAGAUGACUUCUGAUAGGCUCCAGGGAGUCUUCCCAAAGAUCAUGCCCGAGAAGCCAGCAGAGGAAGGAAAUGAUUCAAAGGGAGUCCCAGAAGCAUCUGGCCCUCAGAACGAUGGGAAACAGCUGUGCCCCCCGGGAAAACCAAGUACCUCUGAGAAGAUUAACAAGAGAUCUGGACCCAAAAGGGAGAAACAUGUCUGGACCCACAGACUGCGUGAGAGAAAGCAGCCGGUGAUUUAUGAAGAGAUCAGCGACCCUGAGGAAGAUGACGAGUAA